AUGAGACACUUAGAAGCUCGAUAUAAGGGUAAUCUUGCUGUUAACAAAAUGGAUGAAAGAUCAACUGUUUCAAACGUGCAAAGUGAAAAAAUGGAGGAGAAAAGAAGAAUAGAAUCUGAUGUUGGCAAUGAAGAUAGCAGUACGCUUGGCGUUGCUAGCUCAUCAGAAAGUCAAAAGAAAGUUUUCAAAAAAUCAAAAUUAUUUGUUACAGAUCGAGAACGUCGCUUCAUUGAUGGUAAAUGGAUGUGUAAAAAUGGUAGUGAUGGUUUUUUGAUUUAUGAGGAUGACAAGUGGGUUGCGGCAAUCGGUGAUAAUCUGAAUGAGAAAUGGUCUAACGCAGUCGCGUCAUCCACUCAAAAUCCGUACGAAUGUGUUGUUGAUGGUGUUAAAAUGGAAUGGAACGAACAUAGCCAGCAGUGGCUACCAGCUGUUGAGGUAAACGAGGAUUUCCUGGCGAACUACCAUGCUAACUAUGGAAUCAACUACAACUUCAGUGCUAAUACUGAAGGGACAAGCACAAGAACUAGUGAAUCUGAAUCAGAGAUCAGUUCCAAAGCCAGCAGCUCAAAGAAGCCAAAGAUUCAUGAUCGAUCAAAAGAAGAGGGAUGGGUCGAGCUUGAUGAAACGAAGAAUGCAACUGUUUAUAUUACAAAUUUACCGAAGACUGUCACUGAAGAUGCAUUCAUUGUCAGUUUCUCAUUCUGUAGUAUGGAAUUAAUGAGCAAAUGUGGUGUUAUUCAACGUGAUGCAAGAACAAAUAAGCUGAAAGUGAAAAUCUAUAGAGAUGAAGAGGGGCAACCAAAAGGUGAUGCCCGUUGCGGAUAUAUUAAGAUGGAAUCUGUUGAUUUGGCUUUACAAAUCCUUGACGGUUGGAAUUUUGAUGGAAAUGUUAUUCACGUUGAAAAAGCAAAAUUUGAAAUGAAAGGUGAAUUUGACCCAUCAAAAAAGCGACGAAAAUUGACCGCUGCACAGAAGAAACGUUUCAUCGAAAAUCAGCAGAGAAUAUUUCAAUGGAAACCGGAGAAGCCACGCAACUAUCGCCCGAUCAGCGACUGUACUAUUGUGAUGAAGAAUAUGUUUUCUUUGGAGCAAAUGAUGGCAAAUGCAACACUCUUACUUGAUCUCAAAGAACAAAUGAGAAAGGCAUGCGAACGUUUCGGAGUCGUGAAAAAGGUUGUAGUGCAUGAUAACAAUCCAGAGGGUGUUAUCUGCGUAACAUUUGGAAACGUUGAGCAGUCGGACUUGGCUGUGCGCUCACUAAAUGGACGUGUUGUUGGUAAUCGUAAAAUUGAUGUGUCAUUAUGGGAUGGAAAAACAAAAUUCACUGUGUAUGUAAUUUAUAACCGAUGUUUUGUGUCCUCGACGCAAUUUGAAGCAUUUAUUACCGCAAACGCAAAUGCUCAAAUGAAAUUUCAUGUAAUGGGACAAAUGAGGAAACGGAAGAACAGCGGGAAAAGCGAUUGGCUUUAUGGCAGAACUACAUCAGUGAAGACAAAUGCGAGCAAGCGAAAACUUAAACUGGCUGAAAGCCGUCCAGAAAUGAAGCCAAACAGCCAGUCGUGUGUUGAAUUAGAGUUAUGUUUGUUGAUCAUGUGUGAGCGCAAUUUCGCUUAA